AUCAAAUGCGUAACUUUGCAUUGACAAGUAGCUGUGUGUGUGUGUGUGCCUGUUGAGACAACGCAAAAGAAUCUUCAGAAGCUCAGGCUUGAGAUGGCAUCCUUAAACUUCAGUGCAUAAUUUGCUUGUAAUCAGUUAUAAAAUCAUAGGCUUGCAAUUCUGACCCGUUACGUUACUAAUCCACUGUCCAGGAAAGGAAGGGAAGCAAUCAGACCUCACUCGUCAUAUAUAAUUAGGAAGCACAGAAACAUCCCAUGUCCCAUUAAACAUGUAGCGACAUUUGGCGUACACACAAAAUUGAUUGAACACGUAGCUGCAUAACCUUCUACUUGAGAGUUUCCUUCAGCAUAAUCCACUUAUAUAAGAGCACAAAUGGAAGUGACAAUCAAGCGUAAAAACUCUCAGAUGAAUCUCGAAGAGGAUAACUGAUCAUAUACAUUAGUGGAUAUUGUUUUAGGGACUAAAAUGUAAGAAAACUAAAAGUUGAGGACUGGUUUAAUUAAUCUUAACAAAAGAAAGAGAAACGACAGAACGUUUUACAAAGACAGACAGGUCUUAAAUUGGCGGCAAUAGCUCAAUCCCAGUGUGGCGAACUGUUAGAUGCUGGUUGGUUUUUUGCUGGUUCAGAGUUGGGUCAAUCUUCCAAGGAAAUGAGGCAUAUAAUCAAACUCCACUUACUGGGUUCAAACUCAAGCUAUAAGCUUUACAGUUCUCAGCUCUCCAUACAUCAGAGUUUUUGCCUUUCUAGCUUCUCUAAAUCGUCUAAACUUUCACAUAAGCAAUCCCAAAAAACCGAAUUGCAAGGCCAAUCAGAAAUAAGUACUACUGUUACUAUCAAUUCACUCUUUAAGGAAAUAACUGAGAUUUUAGGAGCUGAUAAUUUUAUCCCAGAUAAACACCCAUCUGGUUUUCUAAUAUCAAAAGAAAAUCACCAGAAGCAUGAUGAGUUAAAUGCGGAAUUAAAGACUGGCACACGAGGUAUUUAUAAAAAUGUCGAGCCGAACAAUGUGUUGCGAGAGGAGGAGGUUUUUCUGGGUUUGGAUGAUACCCAGAUAAGGGAUUUGAAUGAAAUUGAUGUUAGCCCUGUCGUUCGUGAGAUUACUGGGAUUGUUCGCGCAGAAAAUGACCUGGUUGCGAUGGAGGAGAGGUUAGAGAAUCUGGGGUUUUAUUUUGAACCUGAGAUCGUUGAAAAAGUAUUGAAAAGAUGCUUUAAAGUGCCACAUUUAGCUUUUAGGUUUUUCAGUUGGGUGAAGAUGAGAGAUGGGUUUUGUCAUACAACCAAGACUUAUUAUACCAUGCUGUAUAUAGCUGGGGAAGCUAAAGAAUUUAAGGUAGUGGAUGAUUUGGUAGAGGAAAUGGAAAAGAACUCUUGCGAAAAGGAUAUCAAGACAUGGAGUAUCCUUAUCUCACAAUUUGGAAAGGCAAAGUUGAUUGGCAAAGCCUUGUUGUUUUUUGAGAAGAUGAAGACAUCUGGGUGUGAACCCGAUGAAAAAAUUUAUAAAAUGAUGGUGCAUUCUCUUUGUAAUGCUGGGAAAGGUGAGGUUGCAUUGGCAUUUUACAAGGAGAUGGUACAAAAGGACAUGAGACUGGAUUUAAGUUUGUACAAAAUAUUACUCAUUAGCAUGGCAAAGUCGGGAGAUGUUGGCGCUGUUCACUUGGUUGCAAAUGACAUGAGUAGGCUUUCACAGAUUCCGGAACAUGAUGUUAAUGUUUGCAUACUGAAGAGUUUUUGUGUGGCUGGGAAAAUUAGAGAAGCUCUAGAAUUGAUUCGUGACCUCAAGAACAAAGAUAUACUAAUUGACUAUGAAUAUCUUGGGACUUUAGUGAAAGGUCUGUGCAGGGGUGAUAGGAUUACUGAUGCUGUGGAAAUUGUUGAAAUUAUGAAGAAAAGAAAUCUUAUUGAUGCAAAGAUUUAUGGGAUUAUCAUAAAUGGAUACUUGAGAAAAAAAGACCUUUCAAAGGCAAUUGAGCUAUUUCAGAGAAUGAAAGAAUCUGGUAUUCAACCAAUUACUUCCACCUAUACAGAGUUAAUGCAAUGCCUGUUCAAUUUGAACCAGUAUGACAAAGGCUUUGAGCUAUUUAACGAGAUGCUGGAAAGAGGAAUUAGGGUUGAUAGUGUGGCAACUAUGGCAAUUGUUGCCGCUCAUGUUCGUCAAAACCAUAUAUCAGAAGCAUGGGAAGUGUUCAAUACCAUGAAGGAUAAGGGAGCCAAUCCUACUUGGAAAUCUUAUUCCAUAUUCAUUAAGGAGCUUUGCAGAGUUUCAAGAACAGAUGAGAUUUUGAAAGUAUUGUACAAAAUGCAGGCCUCCAAGAUAUUCAUUAAUAAUGAUAUAUUCAACUUAGCGAUAGCUUUUAUGGAGAAGAAGGGAGAGGUGGACAAUGUUCAAAAAGUGAAGCAGAUGCAAAGAAUCUGUAGACUUCACUCUCUACAAGAUGAGGGAUCUGGGGAACAGGAGCUCCUGGUAGAACAGAACUGCAACCAAUCAGAGCAAGGAAAGUGGAAUUGUCACUUAACGAAGCCUCAUUCAAUGAGUAAUAACGAGACAAAUUCAGAGCAAGGAUUAACAAACUGUCAGUUGGCAAAGCCACAUCCAAAGAGUUCUAAUGAGCAGGAUUUAAAAGAAAUUUGUAAGAUAUUAUCAUCCUCGAAGGACUGGUGCAUCAUGCAAGAAGCUCUAGAGAAAUGCACACUUCAGUUUACACCAGGACUUGUGUUGGAAAUUUUGCACAAUUGCAGUAUGCAUGGUAAUGCUGCAUUGAAGUUUUUUUCUUGGUUAGGAGUGCAAACUGGUUAUUGCCACACUAAAGAAACAUACAACAUGGCUAUGAAAAUUUCAGGACGUGAGAAGGAUUUCAAGCACAUGAGAAGCCUUUUUUAUGAGAUGAGAAGAAAGGGCUGCUUGAUAACACCAGACACAUGGGCAAUUAUGAUAAUGCAAUAUGGUCGAACAGGUUUAACAGAGAUUUCUCUAAAGACUUUCACUGAAAUGAAAGAUAAUGGUUACAUUCCAAAUGACAGUACCUACAAGUAUUUGCUCAUCAGUCUUUGUGGGAAAAAAGGCAGGAAGGUUGACGAAGCCAUAAAGAUAUUCCAUGAGAUGAUUCGCACAAGAUAUAUCCCCGACAGAGAAGUGGUUGGAACUUAUCUCAGUUGUUUAUGUGAAGCUGGUAGACUAUCAGAAGCUAGAAAGAGCACAGAUUCGCUUUGCAGAAUUGGUUACACAAUCCCCCUGAGUUAUUCCUUGUACAUUAGAGCACUUUGUCGAUCAGGAAGGUUGGAAGAAGCUUUGUCAUUGCUGGAUGAAGUAGGGACAGAGCGAUCUACCUUGGAUCAAUACACAUACGGAACUCUUGUUCAUGGACUACUACGAAAGGGGCGACAAGAAGAGGCAUUGGCUAAAAUAGAGUCCAUGAAAGAGGCAGGCAUUAAUCCAACCGUCCAUGUAUACACAUCCUUAAUAGUUCAUUUCUUCAAGGAAAAGCAGAUUGAGAAAGCUAUGCAAAUUUUUGAGAAAAUGCAACAAGAUGGCUGCGAACCAACGGUCGUUACAUACUCGGCGUUGAUCCGGGGUUACAUGAACAUGGAGAGAGCUGAUGAUGCUUGGAGUGUAUUGAAUCAUCUGAAACUAAAAGGACCAAAACCCGAUUUCAAGACUUAUUCUAUGUUCAUUAGUUGUCUAUGUAAGGCUGGGAAAUCUGAAGAAGCCUUGCAGCUUUUAUCCAGAAUGUUGGAGGAUGGGAUAGUUCCUAGUACUAUCAACUUCAGAACUGUGUUUUUCGGGUUAAAUUGUGAAGGUAAAAAUGAUUUAGCACGGACUGUUAUGCAACAGAAGUUGGCUUUAAAAAGCAAACGCAAGUUCUUAACGUAAUUUCCUUUGCUCUGUUUUCUUCUGUAAAUGCAUUUUCUAGCUGUUGCAAUUUAGUUACUUGUUGCUUCAUUUUUUUCUAGAAAAAAAAAAUAAUAAUAUUCAGUUU